CAAGAGCGGAGGUGGCAGCGCCUGCAGCAGCAGCUGCAGCAGCAGCAAGGGCAGAGGUGCAGCGCCCGCAGCAGCAAGAACAAGGUCGGCAGGAGCGGCGUCGGGAGGAGCGGCCUCGUGGGGCGCCAUGGCCUGGCCGUGCAUCAGCCGGGUGUGCUGCCUGGCCCGCUUCUGGAACCAGCUGGACAAGUCGGACCUGUCGGUGCCGCUGACCCUCCACAACUACUCGGACAUCGAGGGGCCGGCGGAGGGCGGGCCGGCGGAGGGCGGGCCGGCCCGGCGUCCCGACCCCGCUGCAGCCGCUCCCGGGCGGUCGCGGAGGGGCCGGGGGAGCCCGGCCGCCCCGGACCCGCCCUUCGCCGCCGAGACCCAAUAUCGCCGCGACUUCGGGGGCUGGACCCCGCUCCCGCACAGCGCCCCGCCCGGCGCCGCCCGGGACUGCAGGAGGCUCGGCCUGCCCGCCGCCGCGCAUGCGCACGCGCCCCCGCCCCCG